AUGCCCUGGUGGCAGAGCCUUCGGCUCCCCACCAGUCCGCCGUUCCCGCCGGCCGUUGUAGUCACACCGCCUUGGAGUGGGGACGGCUUGCGACUUCUGCUAGCCAGGUCAUUUGUCAACGGCCCACUUCCACUCGCCAACUCCACCUUCGUCUCGAAUAGUACGGUUGUGGCGGGCUUGCUAGGCGGAGAGGAAGCCACCUCCACGGCCGCUUUGACUCAAAUUUACGACAGAAGAAGAUGGUUGGGCUGGUACAGCUGUCCAGGCUCAUAUGUCAUGGGAAAGCACUUUCGACACCUGGCACGCUCAGCAAAGUACAACAUCGAUCCCACUCUGCUGUUCGAACAUGAAGGCUGGUCCAUAUGUCCUACGUUUAAAGGGAUUUACUCUGGCGCUUUCAUGCACGCCGUGGGACCUUUAGCCUCUCAGCUUAUGAAGAAGGCCGUCAAAGAAGACUGCCAAAAAAUCGACAACAGGACUACUGAACCUGUGAACCCUGACGACGUGUCUCUCGCGUGUGGGUUGUACCGUCAAUGCUGCGGAGGCUCGCCUCCCGGUGAUAGUUUCUUGGGCUUUGAUCAGGACCUCGUUUUGUUGAAAGGAGAUGAGUAUGUUGUCAAUGCUGUCACACGCGGAAGAUCCUUCUUUCGCUUCCGGUCGAAAUAUGCUUGCCGCAAGGUUGAAUGGUGUUCCAUCCUACUCAUCGUCCAGGCCAUUGCGCAGCUGGUCUUCAUUUCUCAUAGUAAACUCUUUGGACAGCUGAUUUUUGUCAUCUCUCUCGCCUUUUCUUGGGCGCACGACCUCUGGUUUUCCUCCUUUGAUAAGGGGGAGGUUCAAGAAGCUAUCUUCCAACAGGUUCUCGGUAAACCUAGUCUCAUCAAGUUCGUGUUUCCCAACCCCAACCGUGUCAGUGCGGUGGUAUUUCUUCUUCUCGUCGCGAACAACAGCCCAAGAACUUCAGGCGAUCCGAGAAGAUCGAAAGAGAUCGUGGACAUUUUUUCCCCGUCGGACUCUCAAGUGUGGGAGAUAUGUGAGGAGAGUAUUACCGAGCGACUAAAGAGCAGACAAGCACUCUAGUUCAGCGAUACUCAGUGGAAUCACGAGGAAUUAACUUUGGAAGACGGUCGGAAGUUAUUGAAGACUCUGUUCGGGGAUGCCAAAGACGCUGAGAAGGCUCAUGCUAUUUUCGACAACCACGACGCGGGAUGAACCAACAGUCCUCCAUGAACUUCUAGCUCAGCAACGUCUUGGUUAGAUGUUACUAUGAUUCUCUGUAUACGUGCAUGUUUAUGUUUCGAGUCUCCUGGUUGUCUCCACGUACUUACCCAGUUUCUCUAGAACGUGGUAUCCGUGUCCAUCCAUAUACGCCAAAUGUUUAGAUGUUUGUGUGUUCGUCGUCGUUACACAUUAUAGUACAC